AUGCAAUCUUCUUUCUGGCCAUAUCGGUUUGUUUCCCUGUCGCAGUCUCAAAGCCAGGAACGGCGGGAGAUCCUCGAUCAUCGUGGCAUCAUUGCUCAAGUUUCUGCGUUGAUUGUGCUGGUGGGUGUAAGUCUGUAUAGACGCGCGGUGUUGGAGAGUACUUCGGGUACCUCUCGCGGGAAGAAAGGGGAGAAAGCUUGGCUUGAUCGUCCUCCUUUCAAAGGAUGGAGGGAGACAAGGAGGCAGUGUCUGCUUACGAUCGUAUGGGCGGUUUGGCUUGUGGGAUUGUCUUCAUGGCGGACUGGUGAUGACUAUCUUCACCUCACUAAGUCCCUCGCACACACCACCAUGGCCACGGUUCCCCUACAAAUAAUCCUCUCACCUAAGCUCUCAACUCGCACCAAUCCUCUACUUCGCCUCUUGGGACUCCCGCAAUCCAUCCUGACCCCCUACCACCGACUCUACGGCCGUAUUGUGUUGUUUCCACUCCUAACCUCCCAUGCCUUACUCUAUACGGCCUUCUUCAUUCUUCAGUCGCUGUUUUCCAAACGUAUCAAUGAUGCAGAUGUGCAAUGGGGUGUGACUGGGAUUUUUCUGGCUUGGAUCAUUUGGUCUAUGAGUUCUGGAGGGAAGAGCUUCACAAAACGGCAGUUUUAUGUUGGCCAUGUGGUGAUGGUUAUGGGUUUGUUGGCCGUGGCGUAUUUUCAUGUUAUAUAUGUGAGGAGGUAUGUUCUUGAGGCGGUGGGCAUUUAUGUGCUGGAUGUGAGUUGGUAUGCGAUUGGAAAAGCUUGGAGUGGAAGCAAAAGUUACUGA